AUGCCGUUCCAAAGUAUCUCGAAGCAUCUUCUCGGUCUUCCAAGACGAGUUCAAAUCUUCGCCAGUGUCUCUCUAGCUUGCCUCCUAUUAUUCUCGACAUUUCUUUAUCUGUCGCCUCGAUCUCUACCGCCUGUCGUAACCAACAUUAUCGAAGCCUCUCCAUGGAAACCAACCUGGACAACUGAACAGCUAGAACCGAGGUUUGCAUACGUGCAGUAUGUCACUAACCUCGACUACUUGUGCAAUGCGGUAAUCAACUUUGGUCUUUUGCGACGCUAUGGUGCCAAGGAAGACCUCGUCCUCAUCCACCCUAAAAGCUGGUCGGAAGGGCAAUCCGGCGAAGCAAAGGCACUGGCAAAGCUUAAGGAAGCACGUCCCGAAAUCAACAUGCGCGCAUUCGAUGUCAUUUCCACUAGCAAAGGAGAUUCAACCUGGCGCGACAGCCUCACCAAGUUCCACGCCUUUGGCUUGACCGAAUGGACGCGAGUACUAGCUUUCGACUCCGAUUCUCUUGUCCUAAACAGCAUGGACCAUUAUUUCCUUAGCCCUACGGCCCCCGUCGCUGUGCCGAGAGCAUACUGGCUCAACGAGAAGAACGCGGAUAUCGCAAAACAGGUGCUGGGGUCUCACGUGAUGCUUAUUGAACCGAACGAAGCGCGCUACCACAAAAUCAUCAACGAAGCGAAGCAAUCUGGCGACUUUGACAUGGAGGUCAUCAACCACAUGUUCCGGGACUCCGCCAUGAUCCUACCACAUAGGAGACUCGCCUUGCUUACGGGCGAGUUUCGGGCCAAGGACCACUCAAAGUAUCUCGCACCGGACGAGGACGAGGAAUGGAAUGCCAUGGCCGAGGUCUCGAGAUCGUAUCUCGUCCACUUUAGUGACUGGCCUCUCCCAAAGCCGUGGAUAUCGCGGAGUAAGCAGCAGUGGGAGGCAUCUUUGCCCGAAUGCCCUAAUGAUGCAGUUGAAAAGGAGGACCAGCCGAGAUGCGCCAACCGUGUCAUGUGGACCGGCUUUUACGAAGACUACGAUAAAGAAAAGUCAGAACAGUGUAAAAUCUUGCAUGGAUAG